CGCGCCCUGCUCCCGCCCGGGCUGCGCGGAGUGGCCGGCGGAUGGCGCCCCGGGCCGAGCCCCCCGACGGGGGCUGGGGGUGGAUGGUGGUGCUCUCCGCGUUCUUCCAGUCGGCGCUGGUGUUCGGGGUGCUCCGCUCCUUCGGCGUCUUCUUCGUGGAACUGGUGGCGGCGUUUGAAGAGCAGGCGGCGCGGGUCUCCUGGAUCGCCUCCAUAGGGAUCGCGGUGCAGCAGUUCGGGAGUCCCGUGGGCAGCGCCCUGAGCACGAAGUACGGGCCCAGGCCCGUGGUGAUGGCCGGGGGCAUCUUGGCUGCGUCGGGGAUGCUGCUCGCCUCCCUUGCUACCUCCUUGACCCACCUGUACCUCAGUAUUGGGCUGCUCUCAGGCUCUGGCUGGGCCUUGACCUUCACUCCGACCAUGGCUUGCCUGUCCCGUUACUUCUCUCGACGGCGAUCCCUGGCCACAGGGCUGGCACUGACCGGCGUGGGCCUCUCUUCCUUUGCCUUUGCCCCACUUUUCCAGUGGCUGGUCAGCCGCUAUGCCUGGCGGGGGGCCCUGCUGCUGGUGUCUGCCCUCUCCCUCCACCUGGUAGCCUGCGGCGCUCUCCUCCGCCCACUGUCCCUGAGGGAGGACCCCGUCACGGGCGGCCCUGGGACCCAGCUCACCUCCCUCCUACAUCACGGCCCCUUCCUCCGUUACGCUGCUGCCCUCACGCUGAUCAACACUGGCUACUUCAUUCCCUACGUGCACCUGAUGGCGCACCUCCAGGACCUGGAUUGGGACCCACUGUCUGCUGCCUUCCUACUCUCGGUCGCGGCCAUUUCUGACCUCGUGGGACGUGUGGCUUCUGGGUGGCUAGGAGAUGCCGUCCCAGGACCUGUGGCACGACUCCUGAUGCUCUGGACUACCCUGACUGGGGUGUCACUGGCCCUGUUCCCCGUGGCUCGCGCUCCCACGGUCCUGAUGGCUCUGGCCGUGGCCUAUGGCUUCACUUCAGGGGCCCUGACCCCGGUGGCCUUCUCCGUGUUGCCUGAACUGGUGGGGACUGGAAGGAUAUACUGUGGCCUGGGCCUAGUACAGAUGGUCGAGAGCAUCGGGGGGCUGCUGGGGGCUCCUCUGUCAGGCUACCUCCGGGAUGUGACAGGAAACUACACAGUUUCUUUUGUAGUGGCCGGGGCCUUCCUUCUUGCAGGGAGUGCCAUCCUCAUCACUCUGCCUCGCUUCUGCUCCUCGGCCUCCACCUCCAAGCCCCGGGACCUUGUCACAGAGGCAGUGGAUACCAAAGUCUCUCUGACCAAGGAAGGGCUGGGAGAGGACUGAACUGCAAAAAGGGGCUGUCAGGCCCAGAGAGCUAGAGCUUGGCAGCUCCAGAUCUUCUCCUCCUGGCCCAUCCUGGUGCCCACAGAACCACAGUGCCUUAAGCAUCUUGAACUGCCUCCCCGCAGGGCAGGCCUGUAGUGGGGGGGCGGGUCCUGCGCUGCGUGUGCCAACCCCUAGUAUUUUGUCGAGGACUCUCAUCCCUUCUUUGCUCCCAUAACCUUUUCCAAAGGAUCCAGGAGCUCAGUCUGCUCCCCUGAGCUGUGAGUCAGCUGUGAAAACCAAAGGCCAAGAGACUUAAUGUGUUUUACGUGUGAUCUCUACUAUUACCUACCAACUUCCUUCUCUGCAGGCAGAUGUUGGGGAAAGGGGGAUGCCCUUUUGAGAUAAAACUGAAUAAGGAAACCG